AUGAAGCUGCUGCUCUGGCUCGUGGUUCUGCUCGCCCCCCUCCCUGCUGAAUGCCUCCCCCUCUUGCCCCGCCCCUUGCUCUUGCCCCGCCCCCUGCUGCUCCACCUGGGGGAGGAGCUCUCCCUCCGGGUGGGGGGGGGCUCCCCUGAGGGGAUGGGGGAGAAGGAGAAGAGGUCUGAGGAGCCCCCCCUCUCUCUGGACCUCACCUUCCACCUGCUGAGGGAGGUUCUGCAGAUGGCCCGCAACGAGAGGCUGAACCAGCAGGCCACCAGCAACAGGGCCCUGAUGGACAGCUUUGGAAAGUGA